GGUAGGUACUUAUGUGCCUGCCUACUACGUACUGGUAGCAUGCUGCCAACCUUGUGGUUUCGACGUUUCCUUCUGACCUCGGCCCAGAAUUACUGAAAAAAGUCGUCGCCUUCUCGUCUCAGUUUGCGCCUUUCGCUUCGGACUUUCCUGCCUCCCCCCUAUCAUUAAUUUUCCGCUUCUCUCACGGCAAUCACCUCCUCGACGAUGAGACUCUUUCUGCUCUCCGUCCUUGCCACAGGCCUUAUAGGCGCAGGUCUUUGCGACGCACAGGCCGUCGGUACCAUCUCCACGGACCGUGUGCCCGAUGACCUCAAUGGCUCCAACUUCACCUAUCCAUUUCCCGUCCAUGUUUUCAAUUUUGUGGGCCAGAACCAGGCUCUCGAGAUGGCUUUCAUGGAUGUCAAGCCUACGUGCAAACCCAACGGCAAGACCGCUGUCCUGCUGCAUGGCAAGAAUUUUUGCGGCGCGACCUGGACGACAACGAUUCGUGUGUUGGCCGGCAAGGGAUAUCGCGUCAUCGCGCCGGACCAGGUUGGUUUCUGCAAGAGCAGAAAGCCCGUCGAUUACCAGUUCAGCUUGAGACAGUUGGCCUGGAACACCCGGGGUCUGCUUGACAGCCUCAACGUGGGCAAUGUCACCGUCAUUGGUCACUCCUUUGGCGGCAUGCUCACGACAAUGUUCGGCCUUCAAUACCCCGAGACUGUGGAUGAGCUGGUCCUUGUUGACGCCGUUGGCAUGGAGGACUACACCCAAAAGGGCGUACCCUACAUCAGCAUCGACCAGUCACGCGACCAAGAGGCUUCCUCUACCUAUCAGUCCAUCAAGAGCUACGAACAGCAGUUUUAUUACGUCGGUCAGUGGGACGAGGACUAUGAUACUUGGGUCAGGAUGCUCGUGAACAUCUACUACGGCUCCCAGCGCGAGGCUUACAUUCAUUGCCAAGCCAAGAUCGUCGACCUUGUCCUCACGCAGCCCAUCGCUCAGUAUUUCGAUGAUCUCAAACCCCGCACCCUUAUCAUCGUUGGCAAUAAGGACAGGACGGCAAUCGGUGCGCAGUGGGCUCCUCCUGCAGUUGCAGAGAAGCUAGGCAGAUUCGAUCUUCUAGGCCCCGAGGUGUCUGCUCGGAUCCCUAAGGGCGACCUAAUUAGCUUUCCAAAUGAGGGACAUGCACCUCAAAUCUCUGUGCCAGUGGAAUUUCACGAGGCUCUCUUAGGUUGGCUGUCUAAUUAGGUUAGCGAAUAGAUAUAAGC